CUCGCGCCCGUUUUCCUACACUUUCCUCUUCUCCCCAACCAGAGGAGCCGUUCUUUCCGCGCGGUGCAUUCUGGGGACCGAGGUCGAGCCCGCCGCUGCCGCCGUCGCCUGAGGGAAGCGAGAAGAGGCCGCGACCGGGGAGAAAACGCGGAGUCGCCACUGGAGAGAAGUCGACUCCCUAGCAGCAGCCGCCACCGCCAGAGAGGCCCACCCGCCCGUUCGCCCGUCCCCUUGCCCCGUUCACAAUGCAGCCUGCUUCUGCAAAGUGGCUGGAGCGCAGUGGCGUGAUCUCGGCUCCUUGCAACCUCUGCCUCCCAGAUUCAAGCGAUUCUCCUUCCUCAGCCUCCUGAGUAGCUGGGAUUACAGCAAAUAGCAGCCUCAGCAAAGAACAAGGAAGCUCUUUGUGCACGGAUACGGAAUGACCUGCUGUUGCACUGUGGAGAAACGAGAUGCAGAAUAAGGUGUGCUAUGAUGUGCAGGAAAAAGAAAGGAUAGGCAACAGGGAGGUACAGGCUUUUACGCUCAAAAGGAAUGAGUCCCAGUGGCUGGCACAGAGAAGAAGAAGCGAAACGUCUUUGAGCAAGAUGGGUCUCUACCGCAUCCGCGUGUCCACGGGGGCCUCGUUCCAUGCGGGUUCCAAGAACCAGGUGCAGCUGUGGCUGGUCGGCCAGCACGGGGAGGCGGCGCUCGGGAAGCGACUGUGGCCCACACGGGGCAAGGUGAACUCCCCAGAGCCGGGCGGGGUGGGCUGCGCGCCUGGCUCCGAGUCAGUCAAAUACCGGGGAGGCCACGCGCCCCCGUCGGCCUCUGGCCGAUUCUCUUUGCCGAGGGCGCGCACACUGGGCUCAAAGACAGCGCACGGAGGCCGCAGGUGUGGGGGGCUUUAGGGCAGUUGGUGGCACCCAGUAAGCGCUCAAUAAAUGUUGCCGCUACCCGAUCUCCUUGGAAUUGAGGGCACGCUCCUGUGCGCCCCUCGCUGCACAGAGCUCCCUUGUCUGGAAACUCAGCGGUCACCGGAGCGCCCGUCAGUCCUCCCGCUUUCUUUAUUUUAAAAAACCGUUUCAACCGCUAGCGCUGUUGGAUCUCUGACCUUUCGGGCUUUAUCACCUGGGGUGGGGUGGGUGAUGAGAGGGAAGGGAUGGGGAGUCAAGGCAGGAGAACGCUCUCGAUUUCCCGACCCACGUGUUCUACCCGUUCUACCUGUUACUUUUUUUCUUCCGCGAAACCCCAAAUUCCCAUCACUGCUCUAGCCCUCUCCCAGAUCCCCAAAUCCGGAUGUCUGUCUCAGGGAACGUCAAAGGAACAUGCCCGAACGAGGUCCUCCCCUCUUCCCACCUCCCAGCCCUCUCCUCCUGCCUCCCCCGGUGUCACCUGCGCCGCCUCCCUCGCUUCACUUCCCUCUAAAGAAUCUGGUGCAGUCAGUUCUAGACCCUGAGCAUCUCCCGUGUCGCUGGCGAAAGGAGCCAGAAAGAGAGAAAAUGCGCACGGAGCGGGUUGC